GUUCGCGUGUUUGUGACUUUAGGGGCAGAACGGAGGAGGCGCGACUCUGUGAGUCUCAGUCAGGGCACUGCUGCUGAAUUAGCUGCUGUUAUGGAGUCCGACAGCGGGUCCGGGCUUUAAAUGGGACAUUUUGACGAGCAGGUACUCAGACGUUUCUGGAAUGAAUGACUACAUUUGCUCUGACAUUGCUUCAGCUCUUCUAUGAGCAGCAAUAAGGAAUGAAUCUGAAUGAAGGACAGGAAACAGGCUCAAUCGGCCAUUUAUCGCACCUUCAGGGAGCUGUGUACGGACAAAAUUAUCUCAAUUAAAGAAGCUGACAACAGACAUGGUGACAUAGUGGCAUUUAAUAUGGAGGAGACCAGCUCAUUGAACAUCUCUUUUCUUUACUCACAAUGUGUUUAUACACAGACAUAGACACAGCGAUGGUGUAAAUGGAAAGCCUCUGAGAUUUGACUCGAGUUUGCCUUUUACAGAUCAUUUGUUUGAUUAUUUGUUUAUCUUGGGUUGUGGGGGGUCAUCCCCACGAUGCUGGGUGCUGGCUGCGUGCGACGCCUCCUCCGCCAGCUCACGCUCCAGACCAUCUUUCUCCUCCUCUUCCUCUUGUGCACGCUCAGCGUCUUCAUUUCCGCCUACUUCCUGUAUGGAGUCAAAAGGGGGUUUGAGCCUUCAGCUGGGGUGGCACCAGAGGACUGCGAUGAUGACCUUAUGCCAUCCCGGCUCCUGCCGCUCCAGGAUGAAGUGGGCGGAGAUGUGGCGGCAGAUGGCAGCCAGACCGAACCGGUGGUUCUCGUGUUUGUCGAGAGUCAGUUCUCCCAGCUGGGUCAAGACAUCGUUGCCGUGCUGGAGUCGGCCCGAUUCCGGUACCACGCAGAGAUCUCUCCUGGAAAAGGAGACAUGCCUACGUUGACUGAGCGUGACCGUGGCCGCUUCGCUCUCAUCAUCUACGAGAACAUCCUGAAAUAUGUCAACAUGGACGCCUGGAACAGGGAGCUGCUGGAUAAAUACUGUGUGGAGUACGGAGUGGGGAUUAUCGGCUUCUUCAAGGCCAACGAGAACAGUCUCCUGAGUGCCCAGCUAAAAGGUUUCCCUUUGUUCCUUCACUCAAAUUUGGGUCUAAAGGACUGCACUGUCAACCCCAAGUCACCUCUCUUGCACAUCACCCGCGCCCACGAGGUGGUCAGAGGUCCUCUUCCUGGUGAUAACUGGACUGUGUUCCAGUCAAACCAUUCCACAUAUGAACCAGUACUGUUAGCCAAGACCCAGUCAGCAGAAAGCAUAGGUCUACGUGCCGUUCUCCACACCUCUGUGGUUCAGGACCUCGGGCUCCACGAUGGUAUCCAGCGCGUGCUGUUUGGGAACGGCCUGGCCUUCUGGCUGCACAAGCUGGUGUUCGUGGACGCUGUGGCCUUCCUCACAUCAAAGAGGCUCUCACUGUCCUUGGACAGAUAUGUACUAGUCGACAUUGACGAUAUCUUCGUAGGAAAAGAGGGCACCAGGAUGAAGAUGGCUGAUGUAGAGGCACUGGUAGAGACGCAGAAUGAGUUGCGGAAGUCAAUCCCAAACUUCACCUUUAACCUUGGCUUCUCAGGGAAAUUUUACCAUGCAGGUACAGAUGAGGAGGAUCUGGGCGAUGACCUGUUGUUAUCAUAUGUUAAAGAGUUCUGGUGGUUUCCACACAUGUGGAGUCACAUGCAGCCUCACCGCUUUCACAACCAGAGUGUGUUAGCGGAACAGAUGCUCCUGAACAGACGUUUCGCAGAGGAUCACUCUAUCCCCACCCACCUGGGUUACGCAGUGGCUCCUCAUCACUCAGGUGUCUACCCCAUUCACGUGCAGCUCUACGACGCCUGGAAGAAAGUGUGGGGUAUCCGAGUGACCAGCACAGAGGAGUAUCCUCAUCUCAAGCCAGCCCGCUACCGCCGCGGCUUCAUCCACAAUGGCAUCAAUGUGCUGCCAAGGCAAACUUGUGGUCUGUUCACUCACACUAUCUUCUAUAAAGAUUACCCAGGAGGCCCUCAGGAGCUGGACAAGCUCAUCGACGGAGGGGAACUCUUCCUCACUGUAUUACUCAACCCAAUUAGUAUCUUCAUGACUCAUCUUUCUAAUUAUGGAAACGAUCGUCUGGGACUGUACACUUUUAAGAAGCUGCUGCAUUUCCUGCAGACCUGGACUCACCUGAGGCUGCAGACCUUGCCUCCUGUCCAACUGGCUCACAAAUACUUCAGUCUCUUUCCCUCAGACAGAGAGCCACUCUGGCAGAACCCCUGCGAGGAUAAGAGACACAAGGAUAUCUGGUCUAAAGAGAAAACAUGUGAUCGCUUCCCUAAGCUGCUUGUGAUUGGGCCACAGAAGACAGGGACAACUGCUCUGUAUCUGUUCUUGGGCUUGCACCCUGACCUCAUCGGAAACUAUCCCAGCAAAGAGACCUUUGAGGAGAUUCAGUUCUUCAAUGGGCACAACUACCACAAAGGAAUAGACUGGUACAUGGAGUUUUUCCCUCUCCCCUCCAACACCAGCUCAGAUUACUACUUUGAGAAGUGUGCUAAUUACUUUGACUCUGAAUUAGCAGCGCCCAGAGCAGCAGCUCUCCUACCUAAAGCUAAAAUCAUCACCGUCCUCAUCAGUCCUGCAGAAAGAGCCUACGCCUGGUACCAGCACCAGAGGGCACAUGAUGAUCCAGUGGCUUUGAAAUACACUUUUCACGAUGUCAUCACCGCAGCCCGUGAUGCUCCUGCAAAGCUGCGUGUCCUACAGAGCCGAUGCUUGGUCCCGGGGUUAUACGCCAUUCACCUUGAGCGCUGGCUUACACACUACCACCCCAGUCAGAUUAUGGUUGUGGAUGGGCAGAUGCUAAAAACUGAACCAGCAUUAGUCAUGGAUAAAGUCCAGAAGUUUCUGGGAUUAAUGAAUACCGUGAACUACCACAAGAUCCUGGCGUUUGAUCCUAAAAAAGGUUUCUGGUGUCAGCUCCUGGAGGGAGGAAAGACUAAAUGUCUGGGAAAAAGUAAAGGAAAGAGAUACUCGGAUAUGAAGUUAGAGUCCCAGUUGUUUCUAAGAGAGUACUACAGAGAUCAUAACAUUGAACUGUCCAAGCUGCUGUACAGGAUGGGCCAACCUUUACCUACCUGGCUCAAAGAUGAACUCCUUAACACUAGGUAGCUUUGAGCCACGUUUCUCCCCUGUGUCUGAGAAUCGUACAGUCGUCAGCGCCAGUCGUUGUUCUGAAGUGGAAUAAACCAGCGAUAUUGUUGUGGGUGAGGAAGUCAUGUCUGUGGAUUUCCCCGUCCUUUCAGAACAAAACAUGGUUUGCAAUCCUGUGGUUUGUAAAAUAUAACAUCUCUACUUCUGCUUAUUAAAACCCCCAUGGGGUAGUAUGCUAUCUCACUGACUCAUUUGCAGAGGAAAUGGUACAUCCUCUGACUUCAUCAUGACCUAAGUGUGUCAUGUUUCAUAUGGUAUGUAUCAAUGGCAUCUCUCACUUCUUCUCGUUAAGAGGAAGAUGUAAAACACACAAGAUGUCACCGGGGACUUGAUUUUUCCUUGUCUGCAAAGAUUAAAUGCACUGACCAUAAAGGUAUGGAUGAACUGACGUUUUUUCACUUCAGGACUUCUCUGUUUUGAGGUCACAAGCGAAAAAGGGUGCAUUUCAAGUGCCAGUAAUUAAAGGCUGCACUGGGUUUUUUUGUACAGUGUAACUACAUCACACUCUUUAUUAUAUGAACUAAUGACAAAGCCCUUUUCAGCAUGACCCUGACGCAGUGCCAUAGAGGCCAUCAACACUAAAUGAAUGUGUAAUAAUUAACUGCAAAUGCUGACAGGUAUUGAUAUUUUUUUUUUUUUUUAAUUGGUUAUGAUUUCGUGCAGCUCAUUUCUUGCUAUUUGUCUACACUAUUUGUCUACAUUGUAUAACCAAUCAUCAUCAAGAUUAAUUCAGCAGGUAACAUUUCUUCAGGCUUGAUGUACACCGAUCCACUGAAGAUCAGAGCAUCUCAUUUGCCAUGUGUUGGAAUAUUAAAUGGCAUACAAGGCCCAUAAAUCUAAGGUUAUUAACUCUGAGAGAACCAUGUUAAUUGAUUUAGAAAUAUUGAAUGUGGGGAAUUAUAUCAAAUUCAACUAAAUUAUUUAGACAUAAAAACAUUUUAUAUUGAAUCAUAUUAAGAAAAAAAUAAUAUUGUCUUGAGCAUUGCAUCACUGCAUUGCAUCACCAGUGUUUUUAACUUUUAAUGUGCAUUUCAUCUCGACCCCUAACUCACUCCUCCCAACCUCACACAUCGUAGCUCCUACUUUACAGCUCCAAACUUUACAUCAUAUCUUCCCCUCCCUUUUUCAUCCCAAUAUAAUUAAUCUCAGCUUCUCUGCCUUUAACCACCUUUAACCUCACCCAUUUAAUGCCAGCAUCUCAUCUCAUCUCAUCUCAUCUCAUCUCAUCUCAUCUCAUCUCAUCUCAUCUCAUCUCAUCUCAUCUCAUCUCAUCUCAUCUCAUCUCAUCUCAUCUCAUCUCAUCCCAUCCCAUCCCAUCCCAUCCCAUCCCAUCCCAUCCCAUCCCAUCCCAUCCCAUCUCCAUUUAAUUCCAGUGCUUCCUGCAUGUAUCCUAAUCAUUACAUCAUUCAUGACGAUCCAUCCCCUUUUCAACCCAAUGCUUUUAUCACUCCACCCUUUUUUGUGGUCUCGACUCCCCUUUCUAACAAGCUCCUCCUGUUUUUAAUCCCCACCCCUUCAUCAUUUAACCCCAAUCCCUACAUCAUUCAUGACAACCCACCGUUUUAAUCCCAAUCUCCAAGGUGUGGAUAAUUCCCUGUAGGAUUAGCACCAGCCAUUUAAUCCUCUAUUUCAAGUCUUUUGCAACUCUCCUAAAAAGCUAAAAGUUCCUGAAUCUGCACUGGCCUUUUUCUGUCUAUCACCUGCUUCAUCAGCAUCAUCUGCUCUACCUUUCCACCAAAUCAAUAGGAACUCCAUGACUACCUACCCAUAGUAUUAGAUUGGUCUGUUCACUUUACAGCUAUGGUGAAUUCAUCAUGUCUCCUAAGCCCAAGCCUCAACUUACACACACAACUUUUCUGUGGCAUAAGUAGCUGCCCAUCCCACCUGGCAUCCUCAUUCUCAGUGGCCGCUGUUCAAACAAUUUGCUAUUAAUUGCUAUCAUUUCAGUUUUGUUCUAAUGGUAUGUAAAAUGUAAGAAUGAACUAAAUUAUGAUUUAUAAUACAAUCGACUUUAAUAAGAAAACACACAUGCACCUGCUCAUAUAUGCAGUUAUUCAAUCAGCCAAUCACAUGGCAGCAUCACAGUGUAUAAAAUCAUGCAGACGAAGGUUAAGAGCUUCAGGUAAUGUCACAUCAAACAUCAAAAUAGAAAAAAAGUGUGAUCUCUUUUGUUUGACUUUAAUCGUGGAGUGGUUAUUGGUGCCAGAUGGGCUGGUUUGAUGUCUAUAGAAUCUCUAGAGUUUACACAGAACUGUAUGUGAAAAACAAACAAGAGAAAACAUCCUGUGAGCAGAGGGUCUACAGGAUGAAACACCCUGUUGAUAAAGGAUCAGAGGAAAAGGGCCAGAGUGCUCUGACAGGAAGCUGACAGGAAGUCUGUAGGAACUCAAAAAAGCACUCCGUACAACACAUCAAACUGGUGCAUUGGCAACAACAGCAGAAGACCACCUCAGGACCCACUCCUGCCAGUGAAGAACACAGAUCUGAAGCGAUCAUGGAAACAGACUCAUCCAAACUGAACAGCAUGAGAGUGUAACAUGACAAUUUCUGACUUUUUUCUAAUGUUCAGCUGUACAGUUUGGGUGAGUCUGUGUCCUCAAUAGCUUCAGAUUCCUGUUCUUGACUCACAGGAGUAGAACCUGAUGUGGUUUUUCUGAAGUUGUAGCUCACACACUUCAAGGUUGCUGAUGUUUUGUGUCUGUUGAAAUGCUUUUUAGCUCACCACAGUUAUAAACAUUGAUUAUUUGAGUUACUAUUCUUUCUUAGAGCUCAACUUAAUGUGACCAUAUUCCUCUUAUCAAGAAGGUGUUUCCAGCCACUGUCACUGUUUUUUUUGUUUUUCACACCAUUCUGUGUAAACUCUAGAGACUGUUGUGUGUUAAAAUCCCUGAUCAGCAGUUUCUGAAAUACUCAAAGCAGCUCUUCUGUUACCAGCAACCGUGUCACAAAGAUCGGACGAUUGGCAACACGAACGCUGUUUUUGGCUGCCUAACUGCAUGAAUGUGCAGGUGUACAGAUGUUCCUAAUAAAGAGGACUGUGGAUGUCAUUUUUUCAAUUGAACUAAAUCAAGAAUUUUUGAAAAUGGACUUUCUGUAAUGUUAACCAGUUGUGUAGCGUGAUACUUUAUUUUUCUGUAGUGUUUACAGUUAAAGUGCAGGACAUCACCCAUCACCCAUAGACAUAUGCUAAUAUACAAAUGGGCAGUUUGUAUUUUCUUAGGCUGGGAAUGUGGUAUUAUUACUCUACAGUCUACUUAAAAAGUACACAGUUAAGUGUUGUAACUUUAUCUAAAGUUCCUACUUGGGAACUAUGUGAUUUGUUGAUUAUUGUUUUUCAUUUUUCUCAGUGCUGUAUUAUUUUGUUUUUUUUUCUUUAAUUGUUUUUUUGGUUACUGUACAAAACCCUGGAUGUGGUGCAUUACAUGCUGCUCACCACAGACAUGUAACUUAUGAAUCUAGCACUUUCUGAAAACCAGGAUGUCAACAUGUGUUUUCUUCUAGAAGGUGAAAUUAUAAAUGUUCCUCUUUUUAAA